AUGAACGGAAUCCGACAAAUCGCGAGACUUGCAGUCAGCCGCUCCGGACCCAACUCACUGAGGAGUGCCAAGCACGGAGAGCAUCGUUACUUCUCCGUUUCUGCAAUGGCAGCAGCCAGGAUUGCGGUGGCGAACCCCAUCGUCGACCUGGACGGCGACGAGAUGACCCGCGUCAUCUGGGACCAGAUCAAGGAGAAGCUGAUCUUCCCCUACAUCGACCUCGACAUCAAGUACUACGACCUGAGCGUGGAGAGCAGGGACGCCACCAACGAUCAGAUCACCGUCGACGCCGCCGAGGCCAUCAAGAAGUACAACGUGGGCAUCAAGUGCGCUACCAUCACCCCCGACGAGGCCCGCGUCAAGGAGUUUGGCCUGAAGCAGAUGUGGCGCUCCCCCAACGGCACCAUCCGCAACAUCCUGAACGGCACCGUGUUCCGUGAGCCCAUCGUGAUCGAGAACAUCCCGCGCAUUGUCCCGGGCUGGCGCAAGCCCAUCGUGGUGGGCAGGCACGCCUUUGGCGACCAGUACAAGGCCACCGACCUGGUUGUCCCUGGGGCCGGCAAGCUGGAGUUGCGCUUCACGCCAGACGACGGCGGGGAGGUGCAGAACUUUGAGGUCUUCAAGUUCCAGGGCGAGUUGGUCUGGGUUUGGAAGAGGGGGAUGGCCUGGAAGGGGAGGGGCCCGGGUGUCGGCCUGGCCAUGUACAACACGGAGGAGUCCAUCCGCGGCUUUGCCCAGUCCUGCUUCCAGUAUGCUCUGGCUCGCAAGUGGCCGCUUUACCUGUCCACCAAGAACACCAUCCUGAAGAAGUACGACGGCCGCUUCCUGCAGAUCUUUGCCGAGAUCUACGAGGCCAAGUAUCGGUCGGACUUUGAGGCUGCAGGCAUCUGGUAUGAGCACCGCCUGAUCGACGACAUGGUGGCCCAGGCCCUCAAGUCCUCGGGCGGCUUCGUGUGGGCAUGCAAGAACUACGACGGCGACGUGCAGUCGGACAUCGUGGCGCAGGGGUAUGGCUCCCUGGGUCUCAUGACCUCUGUCCUGGUCACCCCCGACGGCAAGACCAUGGAGGCCGAGGCCGCGCACGGCACGGUCACCCGCCACUGGCGCGAGUACCAGAAGGGCAACCCCACCUCCACCAACCCCGUGGCCUCCAUCUUUGCCUGGACGCGGGGACUGGCACACCGCGCCAAGCUGGACGGCAACGAGGAGCUGGCCAAGUUCACCACCGACCUGGAGGACAGCGUGCUGACCGUGAUCAGGGGGGGAGAGUACACCAAAGAUCUGGCGGUGUGCGUGCACGGAACCACGAGGGUGACGCCCGACCAGUACCUCAACACCGAGCCCUUCAUCAACCGCAUCAAGGAAACGCUGGAGAGCAAGUUUGGAUACAAGGGCGAGGAGGCCAAGGCCAGGCUCUGA